AAUCUAUAUAUUGAGGAUGUAAUAUGCAAAAAUACAUAUAGGCAGUAUAAAAAACAGCGUUGCUGUAUUUUUCUGUCAGUGUGCUCGUGUUUUGUGUAACAGUGUCAUUUGUGUAUCUCCGUUUCGAAAAAAAAAAGAAAAAUAAACAUGACUUCAAUGAAAUUGUUCGUUCUCUUCCUCGUGGCCGGCGCGGCCGUGGCUGACCCGGUCUCCUCGCUCCACGGAGUCGACCCCGACACACUCUCCUGUGACCCAGCUGGAGAAAUAUUCCUGCUCCUCCCCCACUUCACCAACUGCCACAAAUACUACAUGUGCGCUCAUGGAGAAGAAGUGGAAUUCACGUGUCCAGGCAACAACGUAUUGUAUUUCGACUUUGAACUUCAGACUUGUAAUUGGCCUCGGGACACUAAAUGCUGGUUAAGAACAUCACCAGAAGACAUCGACGAGGGGUCAGGGUCAGGGGAUGACCCUGGCUUCCUUAAUGAAGAUAUCGUAAACCCUGUUGAUGUCCUAAGCAACAUUAUCAGACCAACUGAUGUGGAAAUUCACCCUAGCAACGCCAUCUUGAAUUGUAGGAACUUGGAUUCUGCCUCCAAGCAAGUCGCUUACAGUGGCGACUGCCAAAGGUUCUGGCGUUGUCAGAACGGCGUCCCCCAAGCAGCGUACUGCUCGGACGGAUUGUACUUCAACAGUAGAACCCAACAGUGUGACUACGAGGCCAACGUCCAGUGUCACGUCCGGCAAGAAGACGAGCUGAACGGGGAGUUCAUCGUUUACAAAUAGAUGGCGCUAGUUUGGCGGGUGAAGGCUGAAUACUAUAUACACUCCUUUGCUUCUUUAUUUUUUUUUUCUGCAGUUCUUACAUUCAUGUACUUACACAUAGAUAAAAAAUA